AUGUUGAUGCUGGCUUGUCUAGCACAAUUUAUAUCUCGAGAGUUGAGCGACGAUGAGUGGAAACGUAAGGCAGAGCACAUGGCAUCUGCAGCCAUCGAUGUUGUUGCUAAGGAGGAACUAUGCUGUAGCGCGGAAGCACUAGAGUGCUUAAUGCUCGAGGCCACAUAUCACGCGAACAACGGUGAUAUGCGGAGAGCAUUUAGCGCUGUGCGGAGGGCGAUGGCUUGCGGGCAACUCCUCGGUAUCCACCGCCUACACCAGCUCAGCAUUCAGCAACUAGACAAAACAGCACCUCCAUUUGAUCCUACGUACAUGUGGUAUCGGAUUGUCUCAGCGGAUAGGCUGUUCAGCUUGAUCCUUGGGCUACCGCAAGGCUACUCAAACACUCUACAUUCUCAUAUCCUUGAUCUUGCCGGGCUGGACCCAGAGCAACAAUUGGAGAGACAGCACAGUGAGAUAGCAUCAUGGAUCCUGGACCGCAACGAACGAGAUCCUGAAGACACAAUAGUGACGCAUACCAUCGACGAGGCAUUGCAGGAUGCGACCUCUAACCUACCAUCAGAGUGGUGGCUGCCUCCAGCUCUAUCAAGAGUCAAGUCCCGCCGAGACAUGUUCCUGGAAACAACACGUUUAGUCAAUCAAAUACUUCACUUCAACCUCAUCAACCAAACACACCUACCGUACCUUCAUUUACCUAGUCCCCUGUACGGAUACAACAAAGCCGCUUGCGCUACGGCAAGCCGAGAGAUCCUUCAUCGAUACCUCAUCUUGCAAGACUCCGGCUUCGUCGCACACACUUGUCACAUCGUCGAGUUCUUCUCGCUUAUAGCCGCAGUGACUCUGACUCUGGCGCAUUUAGAGCGCCACUGGCAAGACAGCUCACAAGAGCUGUCUAUACUAGCACAUGUACGCUCAAGCGAUCUGGCCAUGGUCGAACGAGCUAAAGUCCACAUGGCCCGACUGGCUGCUUGCAAAGGCUCGCAAAUCCUCGAUCACUUGCUCGAUAUAGAAAACGAGGCAUAUCAAACUCGGAGCGUGGGCUCUGGUACCAUUGUCAAGGACUUUCCGGAUCAAGGCCCAUUCUUUGAGCUGAGGAUACCGUAUUAUGGACAACUGAGAUUGAAUUCGGCAAAGAUAUGUUUCCAGCGGGAACCUGAUAUUGAAGAUGUGAGCUUAGGAGUGAAGAAUAGAGGAGAGUGUGGCGAGGUGGAGGAUCUGGCUGUUUUUGAGGACUUUGAUUUCAACGCAUUCGUUGGUGAUGUUGGCGCUGCAGGACUGGCAACAUCGUUCUCGUUCUAA